AUGAUCCGCCGACGAUGCGGCUGGCAACAGCACAUCGAAGCAGCCGCCGGUAACCGUCACUGGGGUGGCGCCCUGGGCAUUCAAGAAGGCCGGUUUUGUGAAGGGGAUGCCGCGCCACCGCCACCCCCACCUCCCAAGCUGAACAGCUUGGAGGAGACUCCGGAGGAGGAGGAAGAGGAGAAACCAGUAUCUGGCUUGGAUCGGGUGCACAAGUACAUGAAGCUCCUUCUACCUGCAGCGCCAACGGAGGGCCCCACGAGUUGGGAGGCAGCGUUGAUGGAGGAGGCUCCAACGCUUCUCCCCACCCUGAAAUUCCACAACCUCGUGUACGGCGCCGAAGACAUAGGUCAAGGUGCUUUCAGCGUGGUGCGAUACGCACGUGCCAUUCAACAGGAAAAGACCCAGUCGCAGUGGCCAGAAUAUGCGGUGAAGGUCAUAAACACGAAGACCAUGGAGGAGCUCGGGUAUGAGGCAUCUGUGAACCGCGAGAUUUGCGUGCUGAAGAUGCUGAGUCACCCGGGCAUCGCCAGGAUGGUGGCCGCUUUCCGCUACCGUGACGGCGCUUACUUGGUCCUAGAGUACGCGCACAAGGGUGAUCUGCACAACAUUCUGGUCGGAGCCGGCAAGCUUGAGGAGGAAGUUGUCCGCUUCCUUGUCGGAGAGGUGGUGGCGGCGCUGUGUGCGAUACAUGACAUAGGCGACCGUGCAGUGUUCAAAUUGAAGAGUUUGUAUUGCAUGAGCUACGUACGAGGCGACGUGCAGUCCUUCUGCGAGCCUUUUGUGUCCUUCGUUUGGGACUGGGCGUCUCUGGAAACACAUUCUGACAGCAUCGGCACCUUCCUGCGCGAAGCGAUGGGGCGCUUUCGUGGCUUGGUUCAUCUGGCCGCCGCCUGGCAGACAGGGGUGACAGGGGUGACAAGGUGCCAGUGGUUCGUGGAGACUCCCUGGGCCGUCGGGAAAGCCAUGAACAGCGGGCACCCGUCUACACACUUGACGGUAAUCGGGGCGGUUACUCGCCCACGAGUAUGCGAUGCCACGAUUUUCAGCCAGAUUCCGAUGGACCGAAGACCACCCUGCAAGCCGGAUCCACCUUCGAGAGGUGACCUGGACGAUGGAGGCUAUGAUCCUGAUCCUGCCAACGUGGUCAACUUCUUCAAGAUUGCCGCGAUCCCAGGCUGCGGCGCGGCCGAUGGCCUGAACAUCCCUUCCUCUGUCACCACCUCGGUGCUGCUGCCCGCAGAGCUGCCUGCGUGUGAGCACUGCGUGCUGCGUUGGGAAUGGACUGGGCACCAGCAGGUGGUCAACAUCGAGUUUUACGUACAAUGUGCAGACAUCCAGAUUGCCAGCAGCGCCCCGCCCGUGCUGCCCUCCCCGGUGACAGCCAUCGCGGGCAUUGAGCACUUGCCAUCGGGAGCCGACAGUUACCGCAAGGUGUACAACGGCCAGGGUCCCGACGAGCAGUACCUUGUCGGGCCUGCAGUGGCAACUUACAGCUCUUGCGACGUGAGCACGGCAGGUUGCCUGGGCUUGGGAGUCGUUCCGAUUAGCUCGACGUCGCCGUCUGCAGCAACCUCUACGACCUCGGCGACUUCGGCUGCCGGGUCAGGAUGUACAUGCACGUCGAGCACAGAGUGGAUAGGGGACUUCGACCAGUUUGCUUCGGGCACAAGCUUUUGCAGCCAGAACUUCGGCGGCGCCAACCCCUGGAUCUCUGCGGGUGGUGGAGACGGCUCCUCUGGCGGCUUUAGCGGCGCAGGUCCCUGCACCUCUGGGCAGUACAGCUUCCAGGAUGGAAGCUGGCAAAUCUUGGCUGGGCAGGAGGCCAAGGGCGUGAUGCCUUAUCGAGCCUUCGCAUACGCCCAGUUCUGCAACGGCAAAGCGUAUUCGGAGUGCUGGACGACUGGCGAAGCCACUUUCAGCUUUUCUCUGAUGGUCAGCGGCGUGAGCCAGACCGGGGCCUUCGUCAAGGUGCUGUUUUGGACCGAUGCGGGCAACAUUCUUGGGCUGGUGCCUCCAAGUCAUCCCAAAGGUGAAGGGAAACUCCGCCUGGUUGCCUUCAUGAGCGACGACUAUCCAAACUCCUGGGAUUUCGAGCUUGAUGUCGUUGAGUCUACUUGGUACCACAUCCAGGUUUCUUUCCAGGCUUCGACAGGUGGUGCCGAAGUCGCCGUGAACGGUGCCGUGAUGGGCUCUGGGACCCUGCCUGUCAACAUGCUCGCAGCGACGAACGGCCCGCAGAUUGGCAUCUAUUCCUUUGACUACGGUACCAGCUGGCCUACUGAUGGUUUGACAUUGUCCCUGGCAGAUGCCUGCAUCGGAACCGUCGCGGGAACCUGCCGGUCAGGUGUCGUCGCAUCCUCUCCAACUGAAACAUCAACAGCUUCAGUAGCUGCUCUUUCAACGACAGCUGCAGGCACCCCUGGAAGCAGCGGGACUGCGCCUCCACAGUCUGCAGGCUCUGCAGGAACGACAAGCAGCCCUGGAGAAUCUGGAGGCAUUGUGUCCGGAGACAGCUGCCCUCUGGAAGGCUUUGGGUUGCCAUCCUUCGUCUCCCAGUGCUACUGUGGCUUCGUGGGCCAAGGCGGUGCGGGUUGCGGGCCGGACGAUGGCACGGCCUGCUGGUGCAAAUGCUGCUGUCAUCACCGGACAGGCAGCUGUCGCUAUCGUAUGGUAGAGGAGGAGGAGGAGAAUUCCUCAGAUGCAGGCGGAGCCAUUCUCAGUGUGCUGCUGAGCGCUGGGACAUGUCUGAUGGCCUUUUUGGCUUGA